AUGACACGCCACCACCGGCCUACGGCGCUCCAUCUCGCCGCUGUCCUCGCACUGCUAUCCGCCACCACGAACCUGCCCGGCCUGAUGUUGGUCCCCGGCGUUGCGGCAGUAGAGGAACUGGAGGCCGAAGAUGUCCCGCCCGAAUGCGCUCAGGUUUGCGCGCCUAUAGUACAGCUCACGGCGCGGUGCGAGGCACAAGUGGAGGCCCAGUUCGGGAAGGACAAGCGGGAUCUACCGACUCGACGAUACCCAAAUGAAUCGGUGAAAGACAGAAAUGUCAAGGAGAUAAGAGAAUGGAGAGGCGAUGGAAAGAGGAGGAAGAGGAGGAAUCUCCAGAGGAUGCUGGGUCGGAGACUCGGCGGGAGACAGGAGCCGGAGUCAGAGGACAGCAGCGACGACGAAGAGGAGCCCACGGCGAGUCUGGUUCCGGGGUCGGGACUCGCUGCGGUGCCUACGUUGGGCGUCGGGCGCUCGGCGAGCGCGGAGGAGGCUGCGAAGGAGGCUGACAAGAAGGCUGCUGAGGCGGCGGCGAAGAGCGCUUCGAGGGCGUGUGUUUGUGGGGAGAGGGGUUUCGAUGUAGCUGGGGCUGCGUUUGGGUGUUUGUCGUGUGUUUCGCGGAAUGUUACGGCUGUGGAAGCCAAUGAAGUGCGGUUUUGUUGCCGCGCCGGCCGCUCCGGCUCCGGCACCGCCGGUCACUACCAUCUCUACAACUACGAUCUCCCUUCCACCGGUAGUGCCGCCGCCGGUGCUGAACCCAGCCGUGACAACUACCUUACCGGCAAACUUGGCGCCCAUUCAACCUUUCCCAUCGUCGUCUAG